GGACGCCGACCCCGACCCCAAAGCCAAAGCAUCGGCGCACGUGCCGCUCGCCGCGCCCGCACGCACGGACGGACGGACGGGGGAGAGCCGGCCAGCCAGCCCGAGCCGCCGCCGAGAAAGUUUCCAGCGGCAGUUGGGCGGGCCUUGGGGAGGUGAGUUAACACGAAACCGAACCCUCCUCCCGCUUCCGGUUCGUCAUUCAUUCACCACCGCCACCGCCACCUUCCCCUCUGCCUCCCCCAUUCCAUUCCAUUCCCCUGGGUCCGGUUUGGAAUCCGGGGGGGAAGCCACCGGCAGGCGGAAGCCACCGGCGCACGGCAUCCCCCACCCCCUCGUCCCCAGCCGCCAGGCGUGCCCCUCCUCCCCGAUCCGCCGGCAGCAACGCGCGAUUCCGUGCGCCCAAGGCCUGUUGACAGAUCCGGUUAAGUUCUCCUGUUGGCAAACUCCCUGACCUGGUUUAAAGGCUUCUGAAGCUGCAUUCUGGCACAAUAUGAAACCUGAUUGGUUGAUUUUCUCCAAGCUUGAUCAUAAUGGAGGAUACCUGCAUAAGUUUCCAAUUGGCUCUCCAAUAUCGCAUGACAUCGGGUUAGGAUUGGUAUCACAAGUUGGAGCUUUAGUCGAGAGUUCCUUUCAGCAUCCGCGGCAUGUAUCUUUUACAGCAAGUGGUGCAGUUCAGGAAGCAUUCAGCUGCUUCAACAAGGUUGCUGGGGCUUUCUAUUUCUGCCUUUCUAGAGCAUCAAAUCCCAAGAUUUUACACAGGUUGUCAGCUAUUGCGGGCUCUGGUUCAAGAGCCUGUCGGGCACAAAUAAAGCAAGCGACCUCUUGCAUGCAGCAUUUGGCUGGAUUGCAAGUCAGAGAAGAACAUGCUGUACAAAUGCUCUUAGCCAAGCUUGCAAACGCAACGCUUGGGCGAGUGUGGAAUGAGGUUGAGGAGCGUCAUGCCUGUAACAUUCUUAUGCUAGCUGCUGCUAGUGUAAUACCACCAUUUGAAAACAUAUCACCAAAGAUGCUUGCGGAUUCAAUGAUGUUGGGAAAAGAUGGUGGCCAAAUCAGAGAACAUGUUGAUCAGCCUUAUUUGGACGAAAGGCGCCCAGGUUGUGCUCGUGUUGCUGUGCCAAGAACAAUAUUGCCAGAAAAUCUGACAGAACCAACAACUGGGAUCAAGUUCCCUACUCUUCUUGAGGAGAAUUCCAAUCCAACCGCAGAGGUGCUUGUCGGGAUGGGUUACAGAAGUAUGCGGGUAAUGAAGGUCAAAAACCUGAAUCUUUAUGCCUUUGGAUUAUAUAUACAACCAGAUUCUAUCUGCAACAAGCUGGGUUCAAAGUAUGCUUCUGUUCCAGUUGCUGAGCUGAAGGAUCACCCGGAUUUCUAUGAAGAUCUUCUGAGGGAAAAUAUUCAUAUGACAGUCAGACUGGUAGUUAGCUACAAUGGGCUAAGCAUAAGCGCAGUGCGAGAUGCAUUUGAGAAAUCUCUUGGCUUUCGUCUGCAAAAGAUGAAUCCUAAUACUGAUUACCAUUGCUUGAAGACGUUUGGGUCUUACUUCAGGGAAGACAUCCAAAUACCUGUUGGUACAAAGAUCGACUUCCGUCAAACAUGUGAUGGCCAGCUUAUAACUGAAGUUGAUGGCAAACAAAUCGGUGCUGUCCAAAGCAAAGAUCUUUGCAGGGCUUUCUUCGAUAUGUAUAUUGGUGACCCACCUGUUUCAGUGGAGACCAAACAAGACAUUGCCCAGAAUGUGGGUGGACUCAUUAGAAGAUGCUAGGGUAGCCGACGGUUGAAAUUAUUUGAUUCUUCUAUAAGGGGGAAACAACAUAUAUAUAGACGGGAAACCAGGAGAAGAUCGCUUGUAUGUAUAGUAAGUAAUAUAUCCGUAACUUGUAUACUAGACUAGACUGUGCAAACCUGUAGCGUACACAGAGGCUUGACGUCUUCUCCUGGGCGGAUGCCUCCAUGAUUUUCAUAUGGGCUGGCAUUUGCUAUUCCCUGGCCAUUGUAUCAUGUACACUGAUUCGGUUAUAAGUGUAGCAGAGAGCGCGUGUUUCCUGCAUCAAUAACAAAACAAUGGCUUCGUUUUUUC